CAGUAGGUGCGGAACAUUUGUAGCGGUGCGACGAUUUUAUUUUAUUUUUUUGUUGAUAAAGACGACAGUGACUGAAAACAUUUUCUAUUAAAAAGCGAUAUGACAUCACCUCCAGCAUACCUAACUGAAUAUUUGAAUAAACUUGCUAAAGACGAAGGAUUCGUCGAGCAUACACUGCACUAUGAAUCUGGUUCCAAUCAUGGAGAUGGUUUCGUUGCCGUUAUGGUUGCUGUAACCAUCAAAGGCAAAAAAACGGUAGAUGCCGAUGGUGAAGAUGAAUUAAGUCUCAUGUGCAAAUUGCUUCCAGAAAACCGGGCUAGACGUGAAUUUUUCAAUUCAUAUAUGCUGUUUGAGCGUGAGGUGUGCGUUUACAGUCGAUUCUUGCCGAUGUUUGAGAAAUUUCAAAACGAUCGCAACAUAUCGCGAAGCGACGGAUUUUUCCAGUAUCCAAAAUGUUACCUGGCUGUAGCGAAUGCCGCAGACGAUCACUAUGUGAUUGUCAUGGAGAACGUAAAAGUUUCCAACUAUGAACUUUGGGACAAAAUGAAACCGGUCGAUUUCGAUACGUCGUCCAUAUUUCUGCAAACAUUGGGACGGUAUCAUGCAAUAUCCAUCGCGUUGCGUGAUCAAAAACCGGAACUGUUUAAAGAGCUACUCGACCUGGAAGAUAUUUUGACGGCUAUGGUCGAAUUGCCGAACAUUACCAAUAUGAUGCACGGUGCGAUGGACAAAGCGAUUGAACAUCUCACAUGUGAAGAUGAAAAAAAUAUUUUACGGAAACUCCGAGAUGAUUAUAAGCAGUCGAUACAGAAUUUAUUUGCACCGGGUGCAGCUGGCCACCUGGGAGUUCUACUUCAUGGUGACUGUUGGAAUAAUAAUUUUUGCUUCAAAACCGAUGCAAAUAACAAACCAUCUGAAAUCUGUCUAUUCGAUUGGCAAGUGAGUUGUGUGGGAUCACCAGUAUUAGACUUGUCCUACUACCUACUCACAUCAACAACAAAAGAACUUCGCGUCCGUUACACCGACCUGAUCGAGGUCUAUCAUAAUUCCAUAAGCGAAUUACUCACAAAACUUGGCAGCGAUCCCAUCAAAUUGUGUCCCAUCGACGAACUUAACCGACAACUCAAGCAAUUCGGUGUGUAUGGGGUUAUUAUGGCGCCCAUACUUCUUCAAGUGAUUGUGUCGGAUUCGAAAAAUAUUGUCGACAUGGAUAGUGUAACGGCAGACACCGACAAUAUUGAUAUGGCAACUAUGGAUGAUAAGUCUAAAAUUGUUUAUAGAGAUCGGAUUAGCGAUGCUCUGCAGGAUGCUAUCAAGUUCGGAUGGAUUAAUUUGUGAGAUUACGAAAAUAAAUGAAUUAAUAAAUGCAAA